GAAAUGAGAGCAGGGCAUGCGGGUUUAGGAUGUGGCUAUUGGACAGUUAAUUUAGCAGGACUGGAACAGUCUGCCUAGUAGUGAAGGAUUUGUGGAAGUACAACGAAGAAUUGUCACAAUCGAGGAUAUUUUUGCGCGCGGCUCGUGGAUAAUGAGUGGCGCUAUUCCCAAGACUGCUGUCUUUAUGUCAAACUCGAAGAUAGCGCAUUGUUUACAAUGACAGUGCCAGGCACCACCUGGUGAGCAUAUACUGCCUACACAGAGGUCUCUCAGCCUCCUGAACGCCUCCUCUCGGGCCCCAGAGGAUGCUGGGAAUGUGUCGUGGGCGCAGGAAGUUCCUGGCUGCAUCUGUCGCCUUGCUUUUUAUUCCAGCACUCACCUGGCUAUAUCUGUCUGCUGUAAACGUCACAGUGAAGCCACUGCCUCUGUCUCCACUGGAGCCUCAAUCCUCCACACUGGCCCUGGAGCUGCGGGUUCGAGAGGUAGAAGAGGAAAACCGAGCGCUUAGAAGAGAGAUUAGCCAGCUGCCCAGGAGUCCUACCCACGGCAACCAGCAUUCCCUUCACCACAGCAGCGGACACCAUGGCAACCAGUCCCAGCUUCAUUCCACUGAAGAGGGUACCGGUGAUAGUGAAGCUCAGAAAGCGCGCUCUAAAGUCAACGGCUCCAGCUGUGUCCAGCAACCUGCUGUAGACAAAUGUGAGGUAGGAAUGAAGACCAUUCAUGUUGCCAUCGUGUGCGCGGGGUACAACGCAAGCCGAGAUGUGGUGACGCUGGUCAAGUCUGUGCUCUUUCACCGACGAAAUCCUCUUCACUUCCACUUCAUCACAGACUCCAUCGCCAAGCAGAUCCUAGCCUCCCUCUUCCACACUUGGAUGGUGCCAGCUGUGCGAGUUGACUUUUAUGAUGCAGACGAAUUGAAGUCUGAGGUGUCAUGGAUCCCCAACAAGCAUUACUCAGGGAUCUACGGCCUGAUGAAGCUGGUUCUGACUAAGACGCUGCCAUCAGACCUGCAGAAAGUCAUCGUUCUAGAUACCGACAUCACCUUCGCCACAGACAUCGCUGAGCUGUGGGCUGUCUUUCACAAAUUCAAAGGUCAGCAGGUGCUUGGGCUGGUGGAGAAUCAGAGUGACUGGUAUUUGGGGAACCUGUGGAAGAACCAUCGACCAUGGCCUGCUCUUGGUCGAGGCUUCAACACUGGUGUGAUUCUCCUGCUGUUGGAUCGUUUGAGGAAGCUCAGAUGGGAGCAGAUGUGGAGACUGACAGCAGAGAGAGAGCUGAUGAGCAUGCUGUCUACAUCGUUAGCAGAUCAGGACAUCUUUAACGCUGUGAUCAAACAGAACCCCUUCCUGGUGCACCAGCUGCCCUGCUUCUGGAACGUCCAGCUGUCUGAUCACACACGCUCUGAGAAGUGCUACAGAGACGUGUCCGACCUCAAGGUGAUCCACUGGAACUCUCCUAAGAAACUGCGGGUGAAGAACAAGCAUGUGGAGUUUUUCAGGAACCUUUAUCUGACCUUCCUGGAGUACGAUGGCAACCUGCUGAGGAGGGAGCUCUUCGGCUGUCCAAGUGAAACUGACCACAAUAGUGAGAAUCUCCAGAAGACUUUACUGGAGCUUGAUGAGGACGAUCCAUGUUACGAGUUCCGGAGAGAGCGUUUCACUGUGCAUCGCACACACCUGUACUUCCUGCACUACGAGUACGAGCCCAGUGAAGACCAGACUGAUGUUACGCUCGUGGCCCAGCUCUCCAUGGACAGGCUGCAGAUGCUUGAGGCCAUCUGUAAACACUGGGAAGGACCAAUCAGUCUGGCUCUCUACCUGUCUGAUGCUGAGGCACAGCAAUUCCUGCGCUAUGCUCAGGGUUCUGAGGUGCUUAUGAGCAGAAGCAAUGUGGGAUACCAUAUCGUCUACAAAGAGGGCCAAUUCUACCCCGUCAACCUGCUGCGCAAUGUUGCCAUGAAACAAGUCAACACACCGUACAUGUUCCUGUCUGACAUUGACUUCCUGCCCAUGUAUGGACUCUAUGAAUACCUCAGGAAAUCUGUAGUACAGCUUGACAUGGCGCACACCAAAAAGGCUCUGGUAGUGCCUGCAUUUGAGACGCUGCGUUACCGGCUGUCAUUCCCCAAAUCCAAGGCUGAGCUGCUGUCCCAGCUGGACAUGGGCACGCUCUUCACCUUCAGAUAUCAUGUAUGGACAAAAGGCCACGCUCCAACCAACUUUGCGAAAUGGCGGACAGCCACAACGCCGUACAGAGUGCAGUGGGAGGCUGACUUUGAGCCUUACGUGAUGGUGAGGAGGGACAGUCCAGAAUAUGACCGCAGAUUUGUGGGAUUCGGCUGGAACAAAGUGGCUCACAUUAUGGAGCUGGAUGCACAGGAAUACGAGUUUGUGGUUCUGCCCAACGCCUAUAUGAUCCACAUGCCUCAUGCGCCGAGCUUCGACAUCACCAAGUUCCGCUCCAACAAACAAUACCGUGCUUGCCUCAAGACUCUCAAAGAAGAGUUUCAGCAGAACAUGUCUCGCCGCUACGGAUUUGCUGCCCUCAAAUACAUGACUGCAGACAACAACAGCUAGUGAAGUCACAGUAAAGUUUCAGUUUUCAGGUGGUACCAUUAGAUAUCACAUAGGAAAGCAGUGGGUCUGUAAUGGACCCAACAAUGGACUCAGGAGUGUGUUCUUCCAUUCUAUCCUUCAGGAAGCUGCCAUGAUGACCAUUUUGUCUCUGCACUGGAAACAGAAAUAGUGCAGUGUGUCAUGGCGUUGUUCUGGACUAAUUCAAUCCACCCAGCUUGCCAGAUUGACCUGCUCCAUAAACAGGAAUUGAGAUGUUAUUAACCAUUGGGCAAGCACAAAAAUGUAUAUGGGCUGACUUGUGUUCCAGUCAGCUGGACUGAAUAUGAGCAAAGGGAAUGCCACUGCAGAGACCGAGCUGUGGUUUGGUGUUGGAUUACAUCUGCUGAUGCCCAGAAGCUGAAUUUAACAUGUUUGUGUGUGCUUUCGGUCAUAGGGUGAUGUUUGUUUAGCAGUACUGGAUCUCAGAAUAAUGACACGUUAGCUUUCACAAUAAGCAACACAGAGACACAGAAAGGGAUUCCCAGUCAUUUUUGUCAGGAAAGUGAUUAUUAAAGUGAGUAUUAAUAUGAUGUUUACAUCUUUUACAGAACAUAACAGUAUUGUUUUUUUUAAAUUAAAAAAGGUUAAUGUCUUAGAUUUUAUAGCACCUUUGUGGAAUCACUUUUCUUGUUAGAGCUCAGUAAGAGCCCAGGUGGGCUAAAGAUUGCAUCCAAUACUUAGUAACUGUUGUGUUUAUGGGAAAUGUCAGGCUCUCAGCAUUGACAAUCCAGACACAGACGAAAGCCCCGAAUCAUGUAUUUGUAAAACUGAGUCACUUUUUUUUUCUGCAGUAUUUUAUUGUACGUUUUCAUAUUUCUGUGCUCAAUGUGAUUUAAAUGUUUUGUGUCAUUGUUCUAUGUCUAUAAGUAUGACAUUUACAUUUCUUGCAGCUAACAGAAAUGCACUCAGAGUUUAAAAGGCGAAGGUAAGGGGGGGGGGGG